UGUUGGACGCAGUUUGACGUUGCUGCUCCUCUCCCCCCAAGCAGAAGCUCCAACACCCAGUAUUCGUCGUCGGAUACUCACAAUCAAAAUGCGCUCCUUCUUCACUGCGGCCGCGCUCAGCUCCGCCAUUGGCCUGGCGUCGGCAUGGACAUGCCAGAACAUCACUGUUCCCGUGUCCAUCUCCGCAAGGAACGCUGUGUUUAACAUCAGCAUUCCCCAAACCAACAUCGAUGUGACCAACUUCAUCGUCGACCUCGCCGAACAAGGCGUCAACUACACACAAGAAAUCCUCGCCGGCUACACGACGGUGUCCGGCGACUUUGACCUUGCCGCAACCUACUGCGCCCCAGCCAGCGGCGCGGGCAAGACUCUCCAGAUCCUCACGCACGGUAUCGGUUUCGACAGGAGCUACUGGGACCUCUCCUUCAACAACUACAACUACAGUUAUGUCGAGACCGCCAUCGAUCAAUACGGCUACUCGACCCUGUCCUGGGACCGCCUGGGCAUCGGCAUGUCGUCGCACGGCAACCCACUCUCCGAAAUCCAAGUCGCCCUCGAACACGCCGCUCUCACUGCACUCACCGAGCUUGCAUGGAACGGUUCCGUGCCCGGCGUGAGCGCCAAGUUCGAAAAGAUUGUCCACGUCGGCCACUCCUUCGGCUCGGCACUGUCGUACGCGCUGGCGCGCGACACACCCUCGCUCUCCGACGGUCUCGUCCUGACUGGCUUCAGUCAAAACGGCACAUUCCUCCCAUUCUUCGAGCUAGGUGGUAAUUGGGUGUCCGUCACCACCGUGCCGGCUCUUUCAUCGUACGUCGCAGGUUACUUUGGCGCCGGCACCCCAUCAGGUGUUCAGACCAACUUUUUCUCGCCCGGCGAAUUCGACCCUGCCAUCUUGGCGCUGGCCUACUCCACCGGCCAACCUGUCAGUGUUGGCGAGUUGCUGACCAUCGGCGGAAGCACCGGUGGCAUCAACUACUUCACCGGCCCUGUUUUCGUCAUCACCGGCGCCCGAGACCUCCCAUAUUGCGGCGGCAACUGCCUUGCGACCGGCAACCCGGCUAUCUCCAGCAUCCCUGCAGCCGUGAAGGAGUACUUCCCUGACUCCAGCAAUUUCCAAAGUUUCAUCGUGCCUGACUCCGGACAUGGACUGAACCUUGAAUACACCCACGAGAUCACAUACCAGCAGAUCAGCCAAUUUUUGGUUGGCAAUGGAUUCUAGCCGUUGAAAAGCCGGCGAAUGAUGCAUAUAAUGAAAGACGUGUGUCGAUAAUCCAUCGUACAUAACUGGUACGACUUGCCGAACAAAAAGUCGUGAGAGGAAGAUGUACAUACUUGUCUCCUCUGGAUAAUAUAAUAUAAUCAUGUCACGAAUUCUGUGGAUCUUGUUUUCAACUUAUGGAUGGUAAGGGAAUUUUCUCCCUAAAAUCGCAUCUUCAUACAGUAUCCAACUCUAGCCCAACGACAAGUGUCGAGCGAAUCCGCUGAAUACAAUACAUGCCCAUAAGUAUAAGGAUGCUGCCGAAAAGGUAAGGAACUCGCAGACAUUAGUAACGCCACGCUUUGCGCUAUCAGGCCGGCUAGGUGACCGAAAUUGAGAACAGGCACAUUCCAAAGAUCA